AUGACAGCCCUCCUCCCCCUCGACCUGUCCAGAAACCUCUCCCUCUUCACGGUCCCCGCGGCGCUUGGCCUCGCCCUCAUCCCGCACCUGUACGCCGUAGGCUCAGCCGGCUUCAACAUAUACGACAACUCGUACCCGCGCGCCUACCGCGACACGUUGAUCAAGGACACGUCCAUUGACAAAGUACGCAAGCAGCGCAUCCUCCGCGCAGAGGCGUGCUCCCUCAACGGCCUCGAGACCAUUGGCUUGUAUGCCGCGUCGGUCAUUGUAGGCAACUAUGCCCAGCUCGGUACUUCUACCCUAAACAGCCUUCCUAUCGGGUAUUUGGCGUCUCGGUUCGCGUAUACCCUUUCCUACGUCUUCAUCCAGAACCGGAGAUUGUCGUGGUUGAGGACGGCCAUCUGGCAGGUUACGGCUGCGUACAUUGUCAUGUUUUGGGUCAAGGCGGGAUAUAAGCUGCUAUAG